CAGAUGAUUGAUCACGUGGUUAAUGGUGGAUGAAUGGAUGGAUGGUUGAUAUCAGAGGACAUUCAAUGAGGCAAAAUCGAAAUUGUGAUAUAAAAGAGAAAGCAAGAAAUGACUGAUUAUUUCGAAUCGUUAGGAGCACGUGAUUCAAUUGCACUUGAUGUAUCGUGUUUUUUGCAGAUAAAGUUGGAUAGAUAUGACAGUACAUAUAGAUAAAAAACAUUGAGUUGUCAUGAUGAUACAGGAAAUUUUAUAAUUGGUUUUUGUUCGAAGGACGCAUAAUAAUAUACAAAAGGAUAUGUAGUAUGACUGUAUAAUCAUACCAACAAGUGAUAUAACGUUUUUAUAGAUUCUCCUAUCAUUUCUUUUUUUUCCUUUCUUAUUACAUAUUGUAUAAAUGUUUCGAAAGUGCAAUUUCGUCAAGCAACUUUAUAGUGCUGCAAAUGCAUCCACGGAUGCCGCAGUUACAGAGACGUCUGCUCGAUUGCAGUUGCUCAGAACGAGAUUGCAAGAGGAUGAAAAGCGUGGAAUACUUACAGAUACAUUUGGACGUAAACAUACAUAUCUUAGGAUAUCUAUUACAGAGCGUUGCAAUCUUCGCUGUACAUAUUGCAUGCCUGCAGAAGGUGUUAAAUUGACCAAGAGGGAAAAUAUUCUAAGAACAGAUGAGAUAAUACAGAUAGCUGAUCUUUUUGUCAAGGAAGGAGUACGAAAAAUACGUUUGACUGGUGGUGAGCCCACAGUUCGUAAAGAUAUUAUUGACAUUGUUGGGCAACUGAAGCAAUUGACAGAUUUAGAACAAAUUGCAAUCACAACUAAUGGGUUAACUUUGACUCGUCAACUGCCAGCUCUUCAAAGAGCAGGUUUGGAUGCGUUGAAUAUAUCACUGGACACUCUCAGAGAGGAGCGCUUCGAGUUGUUUACUCGCAGGAAGGGUUGGACGAGAGUUAUGGCUUCUAUAGAUCUUGCUGUUCAACUUGGUUAUAAUCCCGUAAAAGUCAACUGUGUGAUAAUGCGAGGGCGAAACGAUGAUGAAAUAAUUGAUUUUAUCGACUUCACAAGAGAUCGUCCUAUUGAUGUACGUUUCAUAGAAUAUAUGCCAUUUCAAGGGAAUGAAUGGAAAGAAAAUAAGAUGGUUUCUUUCGAUGAGAUGAAAAGAAUAAUUCGAAAAAAAUAUCCAGAUUUCCAACCUUUGUCGAACCAGCCAAAUGAUACGUCUAAGGCUUAUCACGUACCAGGAUUUGUAGGGCAGGUUGGAUUUAUUACAUCCAUGAGUCAACACUUUUGUAAUUCGUGUAAUCGCUUAAGAAUAACAGCAGACGGAAAUUUGAAGGUAUGUUUAUUUGAAGGAAAAGGUGAAGUCUCGCUUAGAGAUGCUUUGCGAAAUGGAGCCUCGGAAGAUGCACUUAAAGAUUUGAUAAGAGAAGCAGUGUCGCGGAAAAAAAAACAACACGCAGGAAUGUUUAAUCUUACUCAGAUGGAAAAUAGGCCAAUGAUCCUGAUCGGAGGUUAAUUGAUGAUUAUGAUAAUUAAGCAACUAUUCUAAAAUACAUCGGCUUUGUCGAGACGCGCACAGAUGCUAUCAUAAAUUUUUAAAUCUUUCCGUUAAUUCAGU